UGUUGAUGUUGACCAAAGAAGACACGUUACGGUCGAUGUGCACAUCGGAUCCUGUCAGCUUACUUUCUGGGGAUUUCUUUGUUCUUCACUUCAACCAAAAAAAAAUGUACUAUUAUAGUCUGAUGAGAUGGCUGGUGGACAUUGAACGCAUAGCUGGAGUAAACUCAAUCUCGUAGACUCAAACUCUACCUGACAUUAUUGCAUGCCACGCGCGAUAGACGAGCAAUUGACUUUCUUGCCAUCACCCCCCUCCGCUCGGGGUCCUGUUCCCGAAGCUCAAUCGGUAUUCUCGCCGCCAACCGUCUAUGGCGAGUUACAUCACCAGGCUCGGGAACCGCCACGUCUGGUCUUAUCGCGUCCCAUCCCAAAGGAUCGUCUUGCUUUCUGGCUUGCCGGUGUUUUAGCGUCUGCCCCAAGUACUGUACCAUACGCUACAGUAACUACGUACUGCUGCACUAAUUUUUUUUUUUUUCGGUAACCCCUUCGCUGGGACCGGAUGCUACCCGCCGCCCCAUGUCCCCCCGGCGAAAUAUCCUCCAAUGACAUCGCCGGCAUACAUAAGCCCUAGGCUAAAGUGCAACAUGCCUGUUUUCUGGAAUGCCAUUCGUGCUCCUCUUUUUUUUUCCUCUUGCUGCUCCUCAAUCUCGGCCUCAUUAUUUUUUUUUUAAUUAUUUUUUUUUUUUGCGACUAGCGCUGGCCGUAGUGGUGACAGCCCGAUCUCCGGAGCGGCCAUUUUCCCUGCCGUCGCGCGCCGCAGGACUUUUUGACCACCCUCCUUUUUUUUUUAUUAAUUGAUUUUCCUUACGAAGAAAAGAUUACGGAACACGAUAAACUGGAGCCCCUCGCUUUUUUCUAGACUUCCCUACUCGCCUUUCCCUGCUUUGGUAUGCCUGCCGCGCUAAGUUCCGGUAGAUUCCCUCUGUAACAUCCCAUCGCCGCCAACAAGUCGUAGAGCUUACACCUGCGCCAGCUGCCAACCAGCCGGCCGUAUAUUUACUACUUCCCACCCACCCACCUACUUCCAAACCUACCCCUCCGCCUAUUUGCUAUUCAUUGUUUCUUUUUGAACAUCUUUUUUUUUUUACCUGUCAGCUCCUGGCAUCUUCUUCUUCUAUCAUCCCGUCUCCCACCCUUUCUACAUUACGUCACAUUGCACCAUCAUGGUUGCGCAACAGUUCUACCUCCUCGGCGAGAAUGUCUCGACCGCUAGGGAAAUCGAAUUCGAGGACAAGACCGAUUUUGAGACGCUGCGUCACAUCAUUGCAGCCCACUACGCCAUUGUCGACGCCAAGGGCAUUGGAUUCAUCUACGACAGCCACAGACUCACCUCCGUCCAAGAUAUUGCAUCCAAGACCGAGCCCAUCUGCAUCUCCAUCAAUGGCAAGGCUGUCCGUGAGGUUCCCGGUCCCAGCGGUAUUCCCUACUUUGGCAACUACCUCGAAAUCUUCCCCGACCAUCUCGGCAACCACCAGCGUCUGUUUGAAAAGUACGGCCCUCUGAUUGUCACCAACACCAUGGGCAGCACCGUCUACCAGACCAACGACCCCACCCUCGCCAACAUUGUCUUUGCCGAGAGCGAGUUCUUCUCCAAGAAGAUUAUCCCCGGCCACCCCCUCUUCCCCAUCAAGAGUCUCGAGGCCGGUGUUUUCCUUGGUGACACCGACACCGAGGAGUGGCGCCUUGCCCACAAGUUCUUGCCUCCCGCCCUCGGCCCCAAGGCCGUCCGCCACUACAUGCCCUCUAUGCAAAAGUCUCUCGAGCAGGCCUUCAAGGUCUUUGACGAGCUCGACGAGCAGGGCGAGGCCUGGAACGUCUACCAGUACAUGCUCAAGCUUGGCUCCCAGGCUGUCGGCAAACUUGUCCUCGGCAUGGACUUUGGCCACUUUGAGAGCGUCGACGCCCCCCUCCACGAAAUGGUCCUCCGCAUUGCCCAGAACCUCGAACUCAACAAGCGUAUCUCUACUAUGCCCUCGUGGUGGGUCAACAUGCCCUUUGGCGACCCGAAGACUCUCCGCUUCACCAAGGCCAGAGUCGAGGCCAUGCUGAUGGAGUCUAUUGCCCGCGCCUCCAAGGGCCAGGACGACCUCGAGCUUCAGGAUGCUGCUCUCGAGGCCGAGAACGUCGUCGACUACUUCCUCCGCGCCAAGGACACCAAGGGCAUGAAGCUCCCUCCCCACCAGUUUGCCCCCGCCCUCGUCGUCGCCACUGGCGCCGGCUUCACCACCACCUCUUCCCUCCUGUCCUGGCUCAUCUACAGCUUGGUCACCUACCCUGGCAAUCAGGAGCGCCUGUUGCAGGAGCUCGUCGACAACGACUUCAGUGACGACACCGUCAUGAACGCCGACCUUGUCGCCAAGCUGACCUUCCUGGACAAGUUCAUCAAGGAGACCCAGCGCAAGCACAACCCCUCGUACCAGCCCGGCCGUACCGCCAAGGUCGACAUGAUCUUGCCCGGUGGCUACAGACUGCCCAAGGACUCCAUUGUCAUCCCUGCCCUCCACCACAUCCACAACAACGAGAAGAUCUGGGAGAACCCCGGCCGCUUCGACCCCGACCGAUGGGACACCGACGCCGUCAAGAACAGACCCCAGGGCUCCUACACUCCCUUUGCCCAGGGCCCUCGCAUGUGUGUCGGCUUCAACUUUGCCCUGGCUGAGAUCAAGGUCUUCCUUCCCAAGCUUGUCUGGCGCUACAAGUUUACUGUUGCUGCCGACACCGAGGCCGUCGAGUACGAUCCUUACUUCCAGCUAAUCCGCCCCAACAACUUGUACAUCCGUGCUGAGAAGCGCGUCAAGUGGCCCCCCAGGUCCGAGUAAACAUUUUUUGUUUCUCUCUUUCAUCCUUUCUUUUGCAUUGGGAUUGUACUAUCGGAGUUUAGGGUUUUGAUGCUUAGUAUCGGUACGGCACGGAUGCCUUUCUUUUGUUUUCUAUAGAUGUGAUAUCCAUAAUGAGAUUUUUUGUAUACACAAUUUUGUCUUCUAUUCCUUCUGUGACCCAUUAUUCUAAACACACUUCCAACUAGUGGUCUUCUUGUAGUCGCCUCCUUGGAAAGUCUGUACCGUUGGAUACGGGCAGUGGCUUCGCUGAAAGUCGACCCCUAGAGAUAUAGUAUCGUUGACAAACUUUGUGCCAGUAAUUGUUUCGGGAGCUUUCUUCUUUUCCACCCACGCAACAAUAGCAGCAAGUACAUUCGUUUCAGCAUCAAACGCAAUGCCUUCACCAGCAAGAUUGCCACCUUGACCAAACACCCAUGCGCCAGGGCCUGAGUUGCAGUGGUUCAUCCCAGCAAUACGGAAGAAGCGGUAAUAAUCCGCCAGAUGUUUAUCAGCGUCCAUCAUGCGCGUAAUAAAGCGCUCUGUGUUAAGUGAAGUGAUUUGAUUGUCCUGGCCGCCAUGGUAUGAAAUCAUCUUGCCCCCGCGAGCUUUGAACUCUGGCAGUGUCUGGGGAUACGUACGGAUAUUGAACGGGUUGAGCUCCUCAGCCUUGGUCACGUCAUCGAUAUUAUACGUCAGAGCAUCCCACGACGGAUCAUUGAGUACAACAUAACGGAACCAGUCCUGCGAGUACGGAAAAGGCUCGCCCGCGAGUAGUUUCUGCGUCGCAAACUUUUCGUUGCCCGGGUUCAUACGCGCAUAGAUUAGCGUGCCGUUGGGAUACGUGUACGGAGCGUAAAUCUUCUCGAGCCGUUUAAUCUGCGCAUCAUUCAGGCAUUCCGUGCUCUGUUGACCCUCUGAGCACCGCAGAGGCUCUGGGUCAAAAACACAUCGGUCAACGACUUCAAUAAUGCCAUCCUUGACACCGUCCAGCUCGUCGCAUUGCUGCAUGACUUCACUAUGGAUCAGAUUUCCCCAUUGGUCCGCCGUGAUAAAGUCCUUGGAGCCCUUUUUACCG